CUUGGACUCGCACAAGGGCCAAAACCCACGUGAACCAAAUGUCACAUUUCGUCCUCAGAUGCGUACGCACGAUGUUCGUUCCUUUCCUCUGCUUCCUCAGGUCACAGAAGGGGGCCAAAAGGUGACAGCUUUAUCGCUCCGUCCACGUUCGGACAUCUCCCCACUCAGCUCGUUUCACUCGUCCACCAUUGCUCAGGAGCUGGAAGAAAUUCCCCCCCCUUUCUCCAUUGCUUCCUGGGAUCUCAAGAAUUCUCUCUGUUUUCAUGGCCAAACCGCUGAUUUCUCUCUGCUUCUUGCUGAUCUUUGUGGACCCAUCAUUUUCUCAGCUCCAGGAGCUGUUCUUCAGCGGGUUCGAUGGUGCGCGGAACAACAUGAGCAUCAAUGGCGUCGCGGAGGUCGAGGGCAGCGGCAUCCUUCGCCUGACCAACGACUCGCGCCGGGUUCUUGGGCACGCCUUCUACUCGUCCCCUGUUCGGUUCAAGAACUCCGGCGAUGGCAAAGUGAGGUCCUUUUCAACUUGUUUUGCUUUUGCGAUAAACCCUCAGUACUCGAAGCUCGGCGGUCACGGUAUGGCCUUCACAAUCUCUCCCGACAAGGAGCUUAGUGGGGCUCUUCCUAGUCAGUACCUUGGGAUUCUGAACACGAACGAUAAUGGUAACUUCUCGAACCAUGUUUUUGCGGUUGAGUUUGACACUGUUCAGGACUUCGAGUUUGGGGACAUAAACGACAACCAUGUUGGGAUUGACGUCAACAGUUUAGCGUCUAAUAAGUCUGCCCCUGCUGCAUAUUAUGAUGAGAAUUCCACAAAGCAGGACCUUAAUCUCAAGAGUGGUCGAGUAAUUCAAGCUUGGAUUGAUUAUGAUUCUCUGAACAAUCGAUUGGAUGUGAAGCUUUCGCCUUCUUCCGUCAAGCCCAACAGUUCGCUUCUGUCAUUUGAUGUGGAUCUGAGCUUGAUUUUCGAGGAUUCCAUGUAUGUCGGGUUCUCUGCUUCGACGGGUGUGCUUGCUAGCCACCAUUACAUCUUGGGUUGGAGUUUUAAGAUGAAUGGGGAUGCUAGAUCUCUGUCUCUGUCAUCUCUCCCUUCUCUUCCCGGGCCUAAGAAGAGCAAUAUGGCCUUAAUUACAGGGGUUUCGGUUUCUGCUGCUGCUGCUGUUACCUUAGUGGCUGCAUUGGCCCUUUUCAUCAUCAGGAAAAUCAAGGAUGCUGAUGUUAUUGAACCUUGGGAGGUCGAUGUUGGGCCACAUCGUUUCCCUUACCAAGAACUCAAGAAAGCGACCAGCGGUUUUAGAGACAAAGAGCUGCUUGGGUUCGGGGGGUUCGGUCGAGUUUACAAAGGGGCUAUACCGAACACAAAUACCCAAGUCGCGGUUAAGCGGAUCUCGCAUGAAUCAAAACAGGGUCUGCAAGAAUUUGUGUCUGAGAUUGCCACCAUAGGGCGUCUUCGGCAUAGAAACUUAGUCCAACUAUUGGGAUGGUGUCGACGGCGGGGCGAUCUUUUACUUGUAUAUGACUUCAUGCCAAAUGGAAGCCUGGACAAGUACCUAUUUGAUGAACCCAAAACCAUUCUGACUUGGGAACAGAGGUAUAAAAUUAUCCAAGGCGUGGCUUCAGGCCUCUUGUAUUUGCAUGAGGAAUGGGAGCAAACUGUGAUCCACAGAGAUAUUAAAGCUGGCAAUGUAUUACUAGAUGCAGAGCUAAACGGUAGGUUAGGCGACUUUGGUCUUGCCAAGUUAUAUGAGCACGGGACUGCUCCGACCACUACACGGGUGGUGGGCACGUUGGGUUAUCUUGCACCUGAGCUCACACGUACGGGCAAGCCCACGACAAGGUCAGAUGUGUUUGCGUUUGGCGCAGUGUUACUCGAGGUCGUUUGUGGCAGAAGACCCAUCGAGCCUAAAGCGUUACCUGAAGAGCUCAUUUUGGUGGACUGGGUGUGGGAGAAGUGGAGGACGGGGGCUAUACUUGAUGUGGUGGAUUCGAGAUUGAAAGGUGAAUAUGACGAGAUGGAGGCUGUUGUAGUGUUGAAACUGGGACUGAUGUGUUCAAACAAUGCCCCAGAGUCGCGGCCGACAAUGAGGCAGGUGGUGAGAUACUUAGAAGGGGAGUUGGCGUUGCCGGAUACAGUGGCCGCACCAGAUGCGAAUGAUGAGAAAAAGGGCAGCGUCUGGGGCGCUAGCGGUGGGAAUUUUGAUGCUUAUGACCAUUCCUAUCCUUAUCGAAUGACGUCUUCAUCUGUGGAGAAGGUCAGCACAUGGUCAUCUAUGGUUGAUGAUGGGGAUAUUGAUCUUGAAGCAGGCUCGGCCUCGCCUCCUUCACAUUCCUGUAGUGGCGAUGGCAGGUAGCCGCUGGAGAACCCUACUACUUUUGUUUUUGUGUCUAACAUUUUCUGUAAUUCUGUUUGGCUUCAAGCAUUUUCUGCUUUUGUGCAGUGUACAUAAUAUUAAUGGGAUUUUUGUAACUUCCAGUCUAGAGG